UGCGGGCGGAGCGGGGCGGGGAGCGGCGGGGCUGGCCGGACCCCGCCCAGCGCUGCUGGCUCAGCGGGGAGGGCGCGGCGCGGCCCCGAGGUGGUCGGAGCCCGGCGCCGGUCCGGAUUAGUCCCCGCCGAUGGCUCCCGUGGGUCUCGCCACCCGCGGAGAGGCGGCGGCGGCGGCCCCGCCGGUUGGAGUGGGGCGGCCCGGCGGCCGCCGGUAAGGCUGAGCGGUGACGCCCCCGGGGCCGCGGUGGGCCGGGCCGGGACUGCCCGGCGGCGGCGGCGGCGGCAGCGGAGGCGGCGGCGGUAGCGGCGUUGGAGCCCGCCCCGGCCCGCAGCGCGCAGCGCGGUUCCCCCCCGGCGCCCAGCCGCCGCGACGGGAUCGGCGGGCGGCGGCUCCCCGAGCAGGGGGAAGAUGCUGCCGGGGUCCAUCCAGAUCUCCGGGGAGACUCUGUCGGGCGCCGAGAUCCGGGACAUCUGCGAGAGCCUGCGGGAGAACUCGGUGCGGCUGCUGUCGCUGCGGGGCUGCCAGCUCUCCGAGCGGGACUUCGGGCACGUCUGCCGGGGGGCGGCCGAGUCCCGCUCCCUGGCCCAGCUCAACCUCAACCUGGGCAUCGUCUCCAACAUCAACCGCGUCAAGCAGCUGGCCGAGGCCCUGAAGACAAACCGCUCCGUCCAGUCCCUCUUCCUCCAUGGGAGUCCCCUGACAGAUGCAGGCUUGGCCCUCCUCAACCCUGCUCUCUCCAUCCACCCCUCGCUGGUGGCUCUGGAUCUAGGAGACUGCAUGCUGGGUGAUGAAGGCAUCAACCUUAUCUGUGGGCUCCUGCCACCUGACGGGGCCAAGUCUGGCCUCAAAGAGCUAACGCUGAGCGCCAACCCAGGCGUCACAAGCAAAGGCUGGGGACGCCUGGCCAUUGCAGUGGCUCACAGCUCACAGCUCCGCGUGCUGAACCUGGACUACAACCCCCUUGGUGACCAGGUAGCAGGGAUGCUUGCUGUCGCUGUGGCCUCCAGUCGAACCCUUGAAGUUCUGGACUUGGAGGGAACAGGACUUACCAACCAGUCAGCCCAGACCUUGCUGGACAUGGUAGAGAAUUACCCCACAGCCCUACGGACACUCAUCCUGGCGGAGAACAACAUUAGUCCCGAGCUACAGCAGCAGAUCUCUGACCUGCUCUCAGAGGGUGAGGAAGAGGAGGAAACAGAGGCUCGUGAAGUCACAGCCAGGGAGAAGAACCCCUGGAUCUGCCAGAACAAUUCCAGCUCCCAGAUGGUCCUGAUGACGUCAGGCCUCGGUGACAGCCUCUUAGCAGAAACAGAAAUGUAGCUGGGCUACCCUGCCUGCUUCUGCCGAGAAGAGCACCGUGCCCGCCGGGGGGAGCGUGCGUCCACCAGCCCCCCGGCCUCCUUCCACCGGGCUGCCCCAGCCGUCUUCUCACACAUCUCACGUCCUGUUGAUGCCCCCCGUGGCUCUCCGAGGGCCGGAGCCUGGUCCGAACGAAACCUCUACACACGUCUCUGUGUUGCCGCGCGCCCCGUCGGCCGCUUGUGAUUGUCCAGUUGCUGCAUGUGUAGCUCACGCUGCCCUGCCUCUCCCAUCCCUCCUUCCCCCUCCACCCCCCCCCCCCCCUUCCCAAAACGCCCGGCUGCGCCCGCCAGGCGCAAGCUGUAUUUAUUCAGAUGUGUAUAAGAGAUGUUCUUUCUAUUGCUUGUGCUGCUGUCGCGGGGAGAGUUUUAUAAAGGUGACGGAGGUGGCACCGCGGGCCCUCCGCGCCGCCAGGGGGCAGCAGCCCCGCGCCCGGUGCCCGCCGGGCCCGGGGGGGAGGUCGGCGGUAACCGCCGUUACGGACCCCCGGGGGCUCCCCGGGGCCCGGGGGGUGGAGGGCUGGGCCCCAGCCCCGCACCCUCGGGUGAAGGCUUCAGCCCGCUGUAGGUUUCGCUGCUCGGCCAAACGCCCCUCGCCGGAGCGAGGCGAGGAAGAUUAUGUUUCAAGGCUCAGAUUAGGGUGGAAGAUUAAAUUGUGGCGGCAGCUGCUACUCAAAGGAGCUCAGAAUAAAAUCAUUAAUUAUGGGAACAAAGAAA